CAUAAGUUAGUAUGUGCCAUUUACAGGUGUACCCCCAAUCUGUUCAGCCGCUGGGAUUUCCAUUUUGAGGAUCUUUAGCUGUCGAUAGUUACUUACCUAUAGUUUUAUGGCGAUGUGUUGCAACCACGAUAUUCUCUUCGUUUUUAUUUUAGACUUGAGAUAAGUAAGCGACGACGACGCCUGGAAUAUCGUCACGCAGCUCUAAGUUUACUGUCUUGGGUAGGCACCAACAUGUACUUGGGCAAGACGGGGACCUCGUGGACCUUGAUGGACAUCGAGGGUCGAGACACGAUGAAUUCAGGGGAACGAAGGGAGCAAGGGAACAAGGGAACAAGGUUGUUCCAAACCGAGUUGGUUGGCUCUCUGAACGUCCCCAGAAAUUUCAAUUGGUCAAUUAGGAAUUGUCUUACCCCGUUGCCAUCACGGCCACGUUUCUAUUGCUAUUGCUCGCUCACUUCUAAAGGCUCCAUCUUCUUCUUCUUCUUACUUGCAUACUACAGCACAUAAAGAAACAACAGCAUGGCGCCACGUCAAUCUGUCUUGCCCUUUACCUACCGCGCCUUCUUUCUCAUCCUCGAACCUAUAUCUGCACUUGUCGGUGCAUUCUACGCGCACUUUCGGCAGCAUGAGUACCUCAGCCUGACGACGCACACUUCAUCGCCGCCAGUUCCCCUCGGCACCUCGACUAUUUUGUCUCAGCUCGCCAAUCUAUACUUCCUCUUCGCACUGAACGAGGCGUUGGUGCUCCGGUCGACGGGUGACCUGCGAGUGUGGCGGACCGUGCUGUUCGUCCUGCUGGUGGCAGACUUUGGACACCUGUACUCCCUGCAGGGCCUGGGAUCGUGGGUUUACUGGGACGUGCGGCAGUGGAAUGCGAUCGAUUACGGGAACGUGGCUUUCGUGUAUCUGGGCGCUACCUUACGAAUCGCGUUCCUGGCUGGUGUUGGAAUAGGGAAGCCGGCCAGUAUCAAGAAAAAGGCUUGAAGGAAGAACAAAAGAGACUUCACUUUUUGGCCAGACUCCACACAAUUCGACUCCGGGGGUUUUUUUUUCGGUUUUUUUUUUCCAUUCUAGUUCAUCAACUCACGAAUGGAUUUUUACACACCGAUAUCAGCUACGAUAAAAGGCAUUGCGGAUUUCUCUCGGCAUAUGAAAUACCGCCGUGGCGAUAUCAAGCUUCAGGGAUUCGUCUUAUCGUCGACGCUUGAGUGGUGGAAUAUUCGGCAUAGACAUCGGAUUAACCAUUCAGACCAACUAAAACAGAAAUAAAAUGAAAAUAGAAAAAAAAUAAAAAUUCCAUCUAUAAGUUGUUGGCUUGGAAUUAUGUACAUUCGGCCCCUCUUUCGCGACUACCUACGUAGGUAGGUUACCACAUGGUACAUAUUGCUCCGAGAUUGGAGCUACAUACUGUACAUAGAUGUGUGUAUGGAUGUAUGUAGAUACACACUUACGUACAUGUUUCCAAGCGCUGCUUGCGCGCCCUGUGCGGAUAAAAGGAUCUUUAGAAAGAUGUCAUCUACUAUCCUAUGUACCUAGCUGCUGGGAAAGUGAGUAUUAGGUACUAGGUUAGGUACAAUACAUAUCCCACCUCCCUACCUACUUGGGUAGCUAGUUAUGUAGGUUAGGUAAUUGCUAGUUUGAAUAGGUAGUAGAAUAUGGGGAGGGCGAGAGGGGGAAAGGGGAGCGAG